UUUAUUGCGGGGCCAACUGUAUCGGGGAACGAGUGAUCAGUGUCAUGCGCAGCCUGGGUGCAGCCCAGAGGUCCGAGCUGCAGAUCCAAGCGCUUUCCAAGGUUUUGCUGGGCCCUGACUGCAAGGCCCUGCAGCUCAGAGCCCAGGAGGGCAGCAGGCUGCAGGCCCACGUCCCAGCCGGGAAGACCGAGGCGGCUGGUGGCAGGGCUGGUGGUCUAGAGCCAGUGUGGAGGCAGACGGGGGCUGUCCCGGUCACCUCCCAGCCUCCCACUUGGUCUGGGACGGAACUUCCUCGAAGAAGCUGCCUGGACCCUCCAGAUUGGGUCAGGUGCACCCCCCAGUUUCUGUUCCACCGGCUCCUCUUCUGCCUCCGUGGCCCCCACUGGACUCAUGUGGACAGAGAGCGGCUUCAUGUGACUCUGUGGCUCACUGCCUGGCCUGGCACAGAGCAGGAGGGACGGGAAUCCUGCCACGUGCUGCUUAAAGGCUGCAAUGGCUCCCUAUUACCCUCAAGCAAAAUCCCACUCCUGGACCUGCCCUGCAAGACCUUGGCGAAUUCGGCAGAACCCGUGUCACGACUUCAGAACGCCAGGCUGCCGGCAGGUCCCUUGCACAACCCUGGCUGCACGCCCCGCACCUGCCCUGCCAGCCUCGCCCCUCCCACGGCCUCGCUGGCCGAUCCCUCCCAGUCCCUCAGCCUCAGCCCUGGGGCUGCCUCCUUCGGGAAGCCUUCCUCCAGAUCGUCUCCGUGCGCCUGGCCCUUCCCUGGUGGCCUGUGUUCAACACCUUCCCGAGCUCUGCUUCCCACAGCCUCUGACCCGCAGGGCAGCAGCCGGGUGCAGCGGGGAGAGGUUGGGACUGGGAUUGGGGGAUUGAGGUGCCCUCUUCACACGGCCAGGGCUGACCCCCAUCUCCCAAGGUGGCUCUAGUGGGUGGGAGAAGGCAAGGGGGAGGUCAGUUUGGAAAGUCCAAAGACUCUGCUGUGUCUUCUGCAGGGGACGAGGCCCCGGCCAGCAUCCCUUGGUCCCCUCUGUGAGAAAAGCAUCUCAGUGGGAUUCCCAGCUCUGCUUGCCAUCUGGCCUCUGCCCCUCACUUGCUGUGUGGCCUUGGGGCAAGCCUGUUCACUGGGCUCGGCCUCAGUUUGCCUCUCCUGUAGAAUGGGGCCACCCACAAAACCCGUCACAGGUCGCUGAAGCUCCGACAAGACAAAACCUGUGAAAAACUUCUGUAAACCUCUGAGCGCCGCUGAAGAAUCUCUUCCAACAACUCCGUGGAGCCGUGUGGGAGGGAGGCCGGCAGCUGCCCCCACUGCGCGCCUGCCUAGUGCCUGCCUGGCCCGGCCAAAGCCUGGAGAUCAAAGGUGACUGAGGCCUGCUGGCAUGGAGGCCGGGCUUGGCAGGGCCUGCUCCCUGGCCCCCUGCCCACCUCCCACCCACCCCCGUUCCCAGUGACACGACAUGCCUGCCUUACACAAGAAGCUCUGUCUAAACACCCGGGGUUAGUGGGGAGCCCUUGCCCGACACCCC